AUGGCUACGCACGAUAUUUCAAAGAAGAGUGGUAUCAGAUACGAAUGGAGUUGUGUUUCAAUGGUUUCUUUAUUCCUCAACCCAGUGCAAUUCAUUUCUGAACAAUUCUUUUUGGAUCAUGAACAAGUUGUUUCUUUAAAGAAAAAAAUGCAAAAUCAAGUCAAGGAGAUUUUUGAACGACAUUAUGGAAUUGAAUUGGGCCAAAAUGAUUUGGAAAUCAUUAAUGAAUCUAGGAAUUUUAUUUAUCGUGUUUGCAAUCUGGAUGUUACUGAUAUAAGCGAGAGCUCGGUCAUUGUGAAAAUUGUCAAUUCCGAUCAGGAAAAUCCAUUGGGAAAUGUAGAAUACAAUGCCUAUGAUUGGCUUUCUUCCGAGGAUGAUACUUUUAACAUUCCAAAAUGUUUUUUAAAGGGAAUGCUUUCAAAAGAUUGUUACUAUUAUUUAAUAUUGGAAGAUAUAAAAGGAAGGACGUUAUUGGAAUUGAUGGAUGAAUUGGUAAAGGAUGAAAUAUUUUGUUGUCAAGCCAUGUCGCAAAUUGUUAAUUUCAUAAAGAAAUGUUCCUUAAAGAGUGUGAAAGAUCGAAGAUUUGGUCCUCUGGAUCAUGACAUGAGAGGAAGAUAUCAAAAUUAUCAAGAAUUUAUUUCCUCUUGUUUACAAGAACAGAAUCGAUUGUUAAAUGGAUGUCCAACACAUAAUUCUCAAGACAUUUAUGUAAACAAAAGAACGGAAUUACUUCUACCUUAUUUGGAAGAUCUCACCAAUUUUUUUAUGAAAAAUCCUCUCCUGAAUGAAACUAAUCCUCACCUAGUACCAAUAGAUUUUAAUCCAGCAAAUUUCAUUUGGUGCCAAGAGAGCUCUUUAUUGGUCGUGAUUGAUUUGGAAGUUUUUGUUGGAGCAGAUGAAAUGUUUGCAUUGGGAUGUGUGAUGGCUAAUUGGUACCACAUGCCAGCAUUUAAGGUUUUUGAAAAAUGUUGGGGAGAAAUAACGGAUUUAAAACGAGCUUGUGCAUUUGCUUUGCUGAGGUGUUUAAAUAUCAUGAUUCAUUUGGCUAUCAAUACAAAUUUGAAUUUGACAGAUGUGACACCUUUUGGGAAUACCACACCAUUCAUCCAAUUGAUGGAAAUAUUUCGAGGAAAACUUAAAGACUUGUAA